ACAUCAUUAUUAGAUCUCUCUCUCGCUCUCAUUCCCUUUCUCUGGAGCCAGAAAGCAGCAUCUCUAUGUGCUAAUCGCGAUUGUCGAGUCCGAGACCAUAAAAAAACGCCUGGUCGAGGUUGACGCCCGACUCGGGCGGAUGUGCAGCUCGCAUCCCUCCAGACAGGUUGAGUCAGUGUCGCAGGGCGAAACGGCGAGGUGUGGGCUAUAUACACAGAAACAAGUGGCCAUGGAGCAACGGACCUCUCUCUCUCUCCACCGUGACGGUAAUGCAGGUGUCAGGCAAAUGACUCGGGAUCGAGCUGUGUGAAGUCUACACACUGCCGGUGGUGGGAUCGACUCGUCGCGAGAGAAGCAGGUGCCCGCCCCUUGUCGACCCGAGGCGUUGCCAUGGAGUCUGCUCACCUGCUGGGCCCGGGCGCCAAGAAGAGAGUGAAGAUCCACCCGCACACGGUCACCGCCCAAUACGCCACCCAGGCCCCCUACUCCCCCAAGCCGGGGGUCCACACCCACUUCCCCCAGCCCGGGGACGAGGGCUACGACGACGCUCCCUCCUUCGAGGACUUCGGCUCCUUCCUGGACGAGACCUCGGACAGGACCAAGCUCACGGAGGCCAGGAAGUGGCCGCAGACUCUGUUCGGCUCCAGGGAUAAGGAGAAGGAGAAGGGCACCCCUCUGAGAGCCCUCCAGGGCGCGGGCGGUGGUGGGGGGGGAGCCGGGGGGGUGCUCGGAGGAGGCGGAGCCGGCGAGGGCUCCUCCUCCUCCGUGGGGGUCAAAGGCCCCGGGAAGGGGGUCGGCGGCCAGCUGGCGAGCUUCGGCGAGGCCUCGGUGUCGGCGUCGCGGUGGACGUGGGCGCUGCUGCUGGGCGCGGCGCUGGCCCACGGCGCGCUGGUCUUCCUCACCCGCCUGGCGUCCGAGCGCUUCGGCCUCUCGCCCCUCCUGCUGGUGUUGGUUCGCUCCGCCGCGCAGCUGCUCUCCGUGGCCGCGCCCCUGCAGCGGGGCGAGAACCCCUUCGGCCCUCCCGGCUACCGCCUGCGCCUCCUCUGCUACGGCCUGACCUACUCCCUGUCGCUCUGCUGCGCCUCCGCCUCCCUGGCCUUCGCCGCCACCGAGUACGCCACCCCCACGGGCCGCCUGGCCACCAGCGCGCUCUCGGCCGCGCUCGCCUUCCUGCUCCUGGAGGAGAGGCUGGGCUUGGCCGACGGCGUCGCCCUCGUCACGGGGAUCUGCGGGCUGGGACUGACGCUGCUGCCGGCGGCCGACCAGCCGGAGGCGCCCGGCGGCGGCGCCACCUCGGCCGACCCGGUGGCGUUCUGGCGGGCCGCGUUCGGCUGGUCCCUGUCGGCCAUGGCGGGUCUGUGGAUGGCCCUGGCGCUGGUCAGCUACCGCUCGCUGAAGGAGCGCGUGGGCCUGGCCACCGCCCUCUUCACCGUCAGCUGGACGGGCUGCCUGCUGGCGCCGGCCUCCAUGGUCCUCUUGCAGGGGGGCUGGGCGUGGCCCUCCCCCUCCAUGCCCGGCGGCGUCCCCGUCUGGGGUCUGAUGGCGGGGCUGGUGGCCGCCUCCGUGCUGGGCUUCCUGGGCACCACCCACGCCCUGACCCGGCUGCACCCGGCGCUGGUGUCGGCCUCGCUGAGCCUGGAGGUGCCGGUGGCGGCGCUGCUGCAGCUGGCCGUGCUGCCCGCCGUCCCCUUCGCCCCCGAGGUGGUCGGGGACGUCAUGGUGGUGCUGAGCGUGGGCUGGCUGGUGACGGUGAAGCUCCUCCCCUCGCAUGGAGCCGGGGGGCGGAAACAGCGGGAGGAGUACGAGGAGAUCCUGGACUCUCCCAUCAAAUAGACAACACAGCGGCCGCGUGCCGUUUUUGCUGCUCAUCUGCACAAAGCCUUCCUCCUUCUCCCCACACACCACGUCACCAUUAUUCCUUGUUCUUUUCUUCUCCCACUAGUCACAAUCACACUUUGCCCCUACCAGUGGGAAGCUCAGUGUGGACUUGCUCUGUCUGGGAUGAUGAGGGUGUACAUAAUAGACUUCGGAAAUAUCGAUGUGAGAAUGAUCUAUUUUGUAAUCGUACUUCUUUGCUGGGGGAAGUGGCAAUAUUGUGCUGUGUCUGUUCUGGUGACCUAAGUGAUGUGACAUUAAAUCUCUCUAUUGUGAACUGAAGGCUGAUGUCUCUGUUCCAGUGUGUGUGUGUGUGUGUGUGUGUGUGUGUGUGUGUGUGUGUGUGUGUGUGUGUGUGUGUGUGUGUGUGUG